AUGGAGACCGUCGACGAAUGCUCUGCAAAACAGACCAGACAUGAUCCUCAUGCAAAGUCUGCCGUGAGCGAAGAAGAAAUGCCUCUUUUAUUCAUGGAUAGAUUGCCGUCUAAUUUUCAUGAGAACGCAGAGCUGGCGGCUAUUGCAACGUUCAUGGACAGCGCCGACGAAAAAGAAAGCGACGAUGACGAUGAAGCCUCUGGCAGCGGCAGCAAACAGCGUCAACAGAGACACGAUGUGUCCAUGAAGUCGAUAAGACGACAAAAACCCUAUACCAAGUUGACACUACAAGACAGGAACAAGAGAAAGAGGGACAAGACCAUGACCUCCGAUACGAAAGAGCUGCAGCUUUUCCUGUCCAUGUUUCAUGUCAGUUAA